UCUUGCCUAAUGAUAAGAGAUCUUCAUAGAACACUAAUCUUUACACAUGGAACAGUUACUCAGACGUUGGUAAAUUGUGUAAUCUGGAGAACGUAGUAAUCCUUUUAGUUAAGAUCCUAGUGGGUGAUUAAAAACAGUCUAGAGAGCCAUACUACUUGUUCCUUUCGCAUUAGCUCCUGUUUUGAAACAUUAAAGGGGAUGUUUAAGAAGAACCUAGUUUUUGAUCCAAAAAGAAAAAAGAAAGAAAAACUUAGUUCACUUCGUAAACUUUUGUGUCAGUAUCUAAUGGGAUACAUCUGUUGGAAAAAGACACUUGUUUGUUUGUCACUGGUGUUCAACUUUUCUGCCUUCUUUGGCAAAACAGGAAAAAAGGUGGAGGAAUCCUGUGAAGUGAAUGGAUUCCUGAGCUCGUGGGUUUGAACUUUGAAAAUUCCUUGGAGCAAACUUCAAAUGGUAACAAGAUUCCGUUCACUAAUUAGGUAAGAAAAGGAGAAUCUUGUUCUUCAGGAUCAUCACUUGUGAUUUUUCAUAGAUUCCCCCACACUGGAGGGUGGUAAAACAUGAGAAAAAAUAGUGUUAUUCUCCUACGUGAUAAUGGAGUGGUUCUACAUACGAAUAAUAUAGUAUCACUUCCUAGGCUGGUGCUUUUAAAAAAAUGGACUUAAUAUGUGAAAUUCAUGAACUACCUACAUGGGACUUAGUAAAUCUUCUUCUAAGAGUUUGGUUGGAGAAUCAUCUGAUGGAGUUUGACUCUAAUAUGUGAGCUUGUUUGUUUUUAAGGUCUACUUAUGGUGCUUUACUAUACACUUGAUGGGAAAAUAAUAUUUGUAAAUGCUAUGGAGCCUGUGAUCUGGUCUAUUUUUGCUCAUCUUCCUUCAAUCAUGGACAAGUUAUUAGGAUAGAAAAUAGAUGAUUUUUCAUAAACCAAACUAAUUUUUGAUUUUAUCAGUGAGUGUUGAGCAAGUGUGGUUAAGUCACUUGUUUAGCAUGCUAACCAAAGCAGGAGAAGGAAACCUAAACCAAAAUUCAGUUAAUCAUUGAGAUAUUUGGUUUUGUGUGGGAUGAAUUUUAAUUGUUUGUUUUACCAUCGGUUUAAUUUUAACACAUAUGACGCUUGGAGAAUGAACCAAAAUAGUCCGGUUUAAUUCGUUUUGUUCCAAAUCAUGACUAUUUGUAAACCGUCUGUUCAACUUGACCCGUUUCCCUUGAAAGUACUACACUACUACUGUUCUGUACUAGCAUAAAUCAAAAAGCAACGAUUCUGAUUCGGAUCGGUAAUGACUGGCUCAGCUUGCACAACUAACUUCCACGUAGGAUUACUCUGACCAAUCAAACACCAUCAUUCAAAUCCUCUAUCGUUUUUUCUUCUUCAAGAAACGCUCAUAACCAUUAACUCUGCCUCCAUUGUUUUCUUCUAAUGUACUUUAUAAUCUUCAGAAACAGUUUAUAGACAACAUAGAGGAGAAGCACCAUUAAAUAAAGUCUUUGUCUUUUUUCUCUCUGUCACAUUGAUUUGUGAAGAAGAAGAAGAGUGGCAGAGAAAAACCAUGGCUAUGGCGGAGAUGGCAAUGAAGUCUUCAGUAACUGCAAAACUUACUCUUCCUUCUUCUUCUUCUUGUAAGAAGAGAGUGAGACAAAUCUCUGUAGCACUUCCAACAACAACCUCAAUCUCUUUGUUAUCUGUCUUCUCAUCUCCUCCUCCUGAAGCCAAAGCUGCUGUUUCCAUUUCCAAGGACCAGAUCGUCUCCUCUCUCACUGAAGUGGAGAAAACAAUCAACCAAGUUCAAGAAACUGGUUCAAGUGUUUUCGAUGCAACGCAGCGUGUGUUCCAAGUAGUAGGAGACGCUCUCAAGCCAGCCUUGGACACUGCUUUGCCCAUAGCAAAGCAAGCCGGUGAAGAGGCUUUGAAGAUUGCUUCUCCUGCUUUCUCAGAGGCUUCAAAGAAAGCUCAAGAAGCAAUGCAAAGCUCUGGUUUUGAUGCAGAGCCUGUCUAUAGCGCUGCAAAGACAGUAACAGAUGUGGCGCAACAGACAACAAAAGCUAUUGAAGAUGCUAGGCCUAUUGCUUCAUCUACUAUGGAGACGAUAUCUUCAGCUGAUCCUAGUGUCAUUGUUGUUACUGCUGGUGCUGCGUUUAUUGCUUACCUUCUCCUCCCUCCUGUUUGGUCUGCAAUAUCUUUUAACUUCCGUGGUUACAAAGGUGACCUCACACCUGCUCAAACACUUGAUCUUCUCUGUUCCAAGAACUACUUAAUGGUGGAUAUAAGAUCAGAGAAAGAGAAGGAGAAAGCUGGGAUUCCUCGUCUCCCUUCAAAUGCUAAGAACAGUAUGAUCGCCAUUCCAUUAGAGGAACUGCCGAACAAAGUAAAAGGAAUCGUGAGGAGCUCAAAACGUGUUGAAGCAGAGAUAGCAGCGUUAAAGAUAUCUUACCUCAAGAGAGUCAACAAAGGCUCCAAUAUCAUCAUCAUGGACUCGUACUCGGACUCAGCUAAAAUAGUGGCGAAAACGUUAAAGGUUCUCGGGUUCAAGAACUGCUGGAUUGUGACUGAUGGAUUCUCUGGUGGUAGAGGAUGGUUGCAGAGCCGGUUAGGUACUGAUUCUUACAACUUCUCGUUCGCACAGGUGUUGUCUCCUUCGAGGAUUAUACCUGCAGCUUCUAGGUUCGGUACUAGAUCAGGAACCAAGUUCCUUCCUAGCUCCGACUGAAAACAAGAGAAUGUAUUCAGUCAUAGCUAAAGAAAGUGUUGUUUUAUAUCUCAUCAACUUUGAGAGAUCUUUUGAUAAGAUUUUCGAGUUAUUAUUUCUUUUACAUUGAUGAUCAGAAAUGGAACUUCAGAAAAAUAAACAAAGUUGAACUCAAACUGAAGUAAUAGCUACAGCUUUGAAAGAAAGAAAAUGAUCAAAUAAACAGAGAUGAUUGGGCCUAUAGUAUA